ACCGUAGGAAGAAAAAAAUAGCAGGAGGAAGCUUCGUCCAAGAUGGCGGCCAUGGAUGAACCGAAAACGCCUUCUCAAUACCAGAGUCCAAGUGGCAAAGAAUCGUCAGCGUAUUUGAUGUCAAUAAUUACCACGCUUUCAUCAAGUGCUGAUUUUGAACAAAGAGAAAAGGAAAAGACGAGAAUUGAAAAAGCGUACAUCAAUAGUGACAAGCUUCUUGGUGAAUUAGUUGCAGAGAACUACCAAGAUGUGACUAAGAUUCUUCAGUCCUUUAAUGGCAUGACGAAAAGUAUAAAUGAAUCAAGGGACAAGAUUAGAAAGAUUAAGGAAGACUUGAAUUCCUGCAAGACACUUUUGCACUUCAAGCGUGAUGAACUGCGUAAACUGUGGAAAGAUGGAGUGGAGCAUAAAGCUGUGUUGUCUAUGCUGGAACAAGUUGAGCAAAUCAAAGAAGUUCAAGACAAGAUGAACACUUUAAUUGCAAACAAACACUACCUGCAUGCUACUGAUACCAUUGUGCAAGCAGUUGCAAAGCUUGAAGGCCCCUUGAAUGGAAUAGAAGCUCUGAGAGAGGUCAAGAUUGAUCUUGUCAAUAUUCGAGAAAAAAUGCACGAGACUCUGAUAGAUGAGUUAACAAAGCAGAUCUACGAGCGCUCACUGCCAACUUCCAGCAUGCAUAGAGGCAGCCAGAUGAGAUUGAGUCGUAAAGAUGCCAGUGUUUGGGGCUGGUCUGAUGGCUUGGAUUCCCCUAAAAGAGCACCAAAAACAGACGGGACUGAAUCAUCUGUAAAUAAAACAUACUUUGAAGUGAAGGAGGAUCUGAACAGCAAUCCUGAAGAGAACUUGAAGAAUUUUGUGGCUAUUCUCACAGAGUCCUUGUUUGUCCUCCGCAAACUGCCAGAUGCUGUGGAGAGGUUGAAAUUGGGGAUGAAAGGAAGCCUAAACAAGCUGAUAAAUACAGCCACUCAGCAAGUUGCAGAGAGUUCAGGUCAACAACUGGAUUCAAUGGUGAACCAUGUUCAACCAAAGUAUCUGAACGAACUUCUCAAGAUUGUCUUCCAACAAACUCGUUGUGUGGCUGAGACCCAUCAGACCUUCCUGGACAAUGUUUUCAGGCUGACGCGGUCUUCUGGUGUGGAAAAGGAGAGUUCUGGUAUGCCCUUGCAUGGGAAUGUCCUGUAUGAUAUGAAAGAUGUCUGGUCAGAAAUACAAGCAAGGCUUCAGAUUUUGCUGAGUCAGUACUUGGAUGUGAAGAACACGAUGUCGUCUAGACAGCAGGCGCCCACAGGUUUUGAUGAACCAAGCAUGGACAUCAGCCAGUACUUCAGCAAGAAGAAACCUGCAAGACCCAAAAAGGUCUCUUUGUUCAGAUUUGAUGCAUCUCAACAUGCUAUAAGUGUCAGCAGUGCAAGACAACAGAUUCAACAGUUUGAACAUGAUUCCCUUGGUCAGUCAGACAACUGGCUCAUAGUAAAAGUUUGCAAGCCAGGAGCUUUUAACAUAACAGCUAUUUACAAACCCCUUCGAUCGUUUAUUGAAGAAGUUGAGGCGAUAAUGGAAACCACCUCCGGACUGCAAGAAUUUAUCACUGAGUUCGUUCAAAAUGCUUUCCUGGGUCAAGUCCAUGCCAGAGUGUCUGAAAAUAUUGAUGCUGCUACCAGAGAUAUCAGUUCAGGCACUAGACAUAGGCUUUCAUCUAUAGGUUUUGAUGCCCUUAGAAAUGUCAUAGACGAAAAGACCAAACGGGAACUUGGAGUUCCAAGACCACUACUACAGAGCACAGUGACUGUGGACAACAGCAUUCAGGAGCUACAAGAACUGAUGCAUGAUCUGCCUGACUACGCCGACCAGUUUCUUAACAUGAUAUGCAAUGUUUUGAGGGACUACAGGGACAAGUGUCAUUCUGCUUACAGAGAUAUCGUCCAGCAUGGAUCUGAUGAGAAAAGAAUUAUUAGUUCAAUGUGGGCAAAGGAUGAGGACAUCAGCAGGUUCCUGAGGUCACUGCCCAGCUGGCGAAGUCUCCAGCCUCGACAAGGCAAAGAACUAGAUCGCACUAUAUGCUCAGAGGAAGAGAUCAGGGCUCUCAACUCUAAGGAGGCUGUGAUUCUGAUCAGCAAUCUGUCCAGUGAUGAGUCACUGAUCCCCCAGCAGGAAAUCAUCACAGAUGUCACCCAGAUGCGUACAGUGGCAAAUGUGCAUGAGAGCUUGGAAUGGUUUGGCGACCGCCUGAACCAGUUCUGCACCAGUCUGACCCCACAAGACACUCUAAACCCAGUUCAAGAGGAACUUCCCACUGAGAUGCCCCCUAUUUCUGAAAAGACUCUUGAGUCUCUGAAGUCACUUGUGCAAGACUUUAAGGAUUUGGCAGAAAUCUGUCUUCUCCUUCUCCACUUGGAAGUCAGAGUACACUGCUUCUAUUACUUGUUGCCAGUGGCGAAGCAGUCCAACUACGCUGGUCCCAUAGAUGACCUGGACCCAGAUUCCAAUGUUUUGAAGCUAAAUAAGGACCUGAGUGGCAUGGAAGAGAUGAUGGCGCAAAGUUUGCAGCCAAAGAAAUUCAAGUAUAUAUUUGAGAGCUUGGGGUACCUGGUGGCAUCAAUUUUGAUUACCAGUGUCCAGUUUCUGAAGAAAAUCAAUGAAAAUGGGAUCAAGAAAAUGUGCCGAAAUAUUUUGGCUAUCCAGCAGAACUUGACCAACAUAACCCUGACCAGAGAGUCGGAUCUUGACAGGGCAAGGCACUUCUACGAGCUGCUGUAUCUGAACCCUGAUGAUGUUCUCAACUCCCUCGCUGAGAAAGGCCCACAGUUCACCUUGAAUGAAUACCAGCAGUUGAUUCAGCUGUACCACAGAAGUUUUGCCGGCAAUCCUGUAUCUGUGCAGGACGCUCGCAUGCAAAGGCUUCAAAGUGUCAUGGAGAAAGGUCAAGAUGAGACGGUGUGAGAGGUCGAGAUGACAGAGUGUGUGAGAUUAUGGUAAGACUGUUUAAGAAGUCAAGAUGAAAAUUUGUGAGGUCAGAGGUGAGUCUACAUGAUAAAAGGUCAAAAUAGACAUAAGAAAGAUCUUUUAGGUUCGACUGUGUGAGGGUUAAUGAUGAGACUGUUACAAAUUUUAAUGUGUCAUGAGUGUGAGAGACCAGAUUGAGACUGUAUGAGUGGUCAUAAAGUGAGAUUAAGAAGUUUGAGAGAGGACAGCGUGAGAGGAAUGGCUCACACUUUCAAAACGUUGCGUUUUUUUCCCAAGCGUGAUCGCUGUACUUAAAAUGACUUGGACUCAUUUAACUUAUCCUCUGCACUACAUUUAGCCAAACAUAUUGUGCAUAAAGAAGACCUCAAGUUCAUUUUACUUUAUUGUGCAUAAAUACAGUAUAAUAAUGUUUGUCUUGUAUAUGUGAUAAGUACUUUGAGACCACCAUUAAAAGUAGAGAUAGUGAAAUGGUUCUGAUAGAUAUGGUUUGCAAGGAAUAUCUGAAUAUUCAUUGUUGUGUAAUUUCAUAGCAACAUUUAUUAGGAAUGUUGUUUUUCUGUAAAGAAAGUAUGGUACAGAAAUGUGGAAGAAUGUUCCACUCUGUUUAAGGUAUCUUAUAAUGUUUUCCAGUUGUGAUAUUAAUGUCUGUGUCUUUUUCUGUUGACCUUUUCACCUUUAUCCUGUAGAAGAGAUUAAAAGGGAAAACGAAUCCACGUAUAUCACAAAGUCAUAAAGUCAUAUUGCAUGGUACAACUGAAUGAAGGUGUUAGUUACUGAGGAUUUUUAACCGAGUCCUGAAAACUGCAUUUCCCUGUUAUUUAUUUUAAGGGUUCUUAAUUAUCAUUUGAUUACAAUGUAUAGACUGUUUACCAAGUAUACCCAGUUCUGCAUAUUCCAUUCUCUCAUCUGAUACUUUUUUCUGAUGACACCAAGUCUGGAAUUUGCUAUCUUGGUUCAGCAUUUCAUUUUAUAUGCUUUGCCCCAUAAUACUCAUGCAUUCCAUUGAUGUCAAUAUGUGUAGUAUGUGAAAGUUUCCAGGCUUUUCUGUGAAAGCAAGGUGAGAAAACCCCCCACAUCCACCUGUAGAGGAAGGAUAAAACCCAGGAGUGGCAUUGUCAAAGUAAAUGAAAAAGUACAAGUAUUAUGUCAAAUUCUACCAGUUGCUUAAAAGGAACUUUGUAGGCCUAGGUAUCAUAAAGGAAUGUUGUCAAAAGUUGUUGUAGUAGGAAAUCACUAUUUGUCACUACCACUUAGACUCCACUAUAUUUUGUCAAGUGUGCGUAAGAUCAAAAUAGGACCUGUUUUCUGUACUGUCAACAAUUUCUAUACAUUGUAUCUAUUAAGUCACUGCUUUUCUAUAGAGAUGUCUUUCAUUGCCCAUGAUUGUUUGUAAUGUUUGCCCUUUGAAUCUGAUUUGUGCAAUAAAAACUAUGUUCAGCAAAGUU